CCGAUAAUCUCAUAUCAGCUUCUCAUCCACCUGAAAUUUCUGCUUCGCCAACCCACUGUCCCGGCUUUCUCGUCACCCUUCCUUUCGCCUACUUCGUAGCAUCUUGAUCUACAGAGGUGCCCCUUAUGGCGCUGGGCAUACCGUCGCCCGAACCAGUCCGCUCGCGUCACUGCAACUAGUCAGGAAAGCACUUCUGGAUUUGGACGCGAGGGGUUGCGGUUGCGGGAAUCCAGCCAGCAACUCGCUUGGUGGACACGACGGCCAGCGCCUCCUGUCUUGUCUCUUAUCUUUGCCUCGUCACAGUGAUGCCUGAUACGCCACCGUCGGGGGACUGGGACAAUCCCGUGCGCAUUAGCAAAAUAGCAGGACAAUACCUGGUGUUUGACCCUGCGGCCGCCGCCCUCUUGAGGCGUAGGGACAAUGUCAGUGGUACCUUGGUUGGCACAACUCCCCAACAACCUACCCAGAAUGUGUUUCUUGGCCUUCCAAUCGAGCUGCGCCCCGAGGAGGCUGAUGCUCUGAUCCGCUGUAACACGGCAUAUGUCGUUGACGCUGCCACUGCCCACCUGUCGAGCUUGUCCUGUCGCGAUGCCGAUACUAGGAGAGCCUACAAACAAUCGCUUUGGAGGAGAAAGCAGGUGGCGCAACAAGCAACGUCCGACCGCAGUGCCAGGAGAGCCGCCGAUGUCGCAAGCCGUUUCGGCCGGCCUAGUGUCCCUAUCGCGCCUAUUUCAUUGUCCAUCAAUGUCCAUCAGAGCGAUGACGACGCUGGAGUGCCGUUGUCCGGGUCCGAUAAGACUGUUCGUCAGACAACCAACAACGUAAACAUUUGUGGCAUCACACCGAUAUCGAGCGGGGAUCUUAUUUCUUCAAUUACUUUGCACCCUGCCUCUGAUGUGGCCAAGGCUUUCGACGGCCCCUUGUGUCGAUAUCUUCAAACUACCAAGUUCUACAUGACGCCCGGUCUUCGCUUCGGCGCCCGCUAUAGCGUCUAUCCUGGCGAUCCUCUACGCUUCCAUGCUCACUUCAUGGCUAACCAGUACGGCUGGCAUGAAGAAAUACCAGUGCUAGAUGUAGUGAGCGGUGGCAGACUUGCCACAGCGGUCAAGAAGGCAUUUCUCAUGGGCGGCCAGCACACCCCUCAAGGGACAUUGUCCCAGCCGCUGCUUUGCACAAUCAGUGUCGAAUGGGCCGCCAUGUAAUUCUGACCUCGCUUGCCGGGGAACCAAUUUGGUCGGUGUCCAAAGAUAGCACUGCAGAUGUUCAAGAACAAAUAGAAUUUAACGGUGUCGCUGUUC